AUGCUAGACAUUAAAGCUUUUCAAACAGCACAGUUUAAAAUGCAGAUCCAAAACAACAACGCGAUCUGUCCGUCUGCAAGUUCUGUAAACAAAAAGAAUGCAAGUAGUGUACACAAACAGAUUGCAAGAUCUGUAUACAAAAAAGAAGUUGGAACAUUCAUGGCCACUGACUUCAAGUGUUAUAAACGAUAUAUGAAGUAUACAAACUCAGAUUUCAAUAAAUCUCUUGUUUAUUUGCCAAAAUCUACUGUAGAAAUUAUAAACAAUAAAUCAGCUACGUUCACUACUGGUGAUAUUAUAACACUUAGAAUAAUCCUCCAUAAUAAACACGGUGACGUAGUAACUGAUGGUGGUGAAUUUAUAAAGAUUUGGAUGUCCGAGAAACGGAGAGGCGCAGGUUCAGCGGGAUAUGUUGUGGAUCAUAGUAAUGGGACGUACAUUGGAGUGAUAAAGGCAUUAUGGAGCGGAUCUCCGAACAUCAAAAUGUCAUUGUCAUUUCCGAAAGAAUCAAUUGGACUUUUUGUUAACUACAUAUACAAGAAUGGAAUGUUGCGGACUUUAAAAGGAAUUUUUAAGAAUGCUCGGGGAGAAACUGCUAAAGGUAUCUGUGGAAUUCACACACGGACAAACCAUGACAUCUGUGACUUUACAUCUUUAAAUUAUGGAAUGCGGUUUUUCUGUUCAUUACCAGAUGAACCCGGGUUCAAUUGUUCAGACUGGUAUGCCCACGUUGGAGAUAUGACCGUACCGACAUUUACAAAGACACAAAAGCACUUCAUAAGUUCUACGAGUAAUAAAAUCAUAAAAGAAAUUAAAGUGGAUGUACAUGGAGAUAAAACCAUAUAUCCUCCAAAGUACUUGUGUAGAGACGUUAAUGGUGCAGUUACCUGGAGCAGAUCAUCACCACUGGGAUAUUUUUAUAAUAGAAUUUGGCACAAUCUCUUAUGCCAAAACAAAGUUGAAAAAUUUAACAAUAAGUAUACAUCUUGUCUUCAAAACAGGGAGAUUUACAUGUUUGGAGAUUCCACACUGCGACAAUGGCUUAUGAAAACGGUUGAAAUUUUAAAUCUUGACCUCGUGAGUAGUCGGAAGUCAGAUGCUCUACGAGGUUAUCACCAACCAAUGAAAGCUCUUAGUAAAAAUAAGAUACACAAUAUUACUGUCAGGUGGAAUGCGCACGAGUUCCCAUUUUUCACCUAUAGACCUAAUGUGACGAUAAACGAUUUUAAACCUGCAAGACAUCACUUCAAAAACAUACGUUCUAAAAAUCCGAUCAUAGUAUUGCAUUGGUAUGUACAUUUAGCUAUGGCUCCAUUAUCAGUCUAUGAAGAACAUGUAAGGAACGCUAAAGAUGCUAUAAUUCAAUUUUUGGAUCGUAUUCCAGGCGCUAAAAUAUUCAUUAAAGGUCCGCAUAACAUUAAGAAUGAUGAAGGUGUUCCAUAUGAUUUCGUCAGACAUUUGCAGGAUAAAUUGUUAUUCCAGAUUUUUGACGAUAUCAAACAUAAGGUUGUGUAUUUAAAUGAAUGGGAUAUCACAGUUGGUUCCGAAAGUAAUGGAAUGCAUCCCGGCAAUGAUGUAAUUCAUUACAUGGUUCAUGAGUUACUAUCUUAUAUGUGUUAA